AGAAUCAUGGUGUCAUGGAAAGGAAUCUACUUCAUACUCACUCUGUUUGCAGGCAGCUUUUUUGGGAGCAUUUUCAUGCUGGGCCCUGUUUUACCCCUGAUGUUCAUAAACCCUUGUUGGUAUCGCUGGAUCAACAACCGCUUGGUGGCGAGCUGGCUCACACUCCCCGUGGCCUUGAUGGAGACCAUGUUCGGGGUGAAAGUGGUCAUCACGGGCGACGCAUUUGUUCCUGGGGAAAGGAGCGUCAUCAUCAUGAAUCACCGGACCCGAAUGGACUGGAUGUUCCUCUGGAAUUGCCUAGUGCGCUACAGCUACCUCAGGCUGGAGAAGGUGUGCCUGAAAGCCAGUCUCAAAAGCGUUCCAGGAUUUGGUUGGGCCAUGCAAGCUGCUGCUUACAUCUUUAUCCAGCGGAAGUGGAAGGAUGACAAAAGCCACUUUGAAGACAUGAUCGACUAUUUCUGUGACAUCCACGAACCGCUGCAGCUUCUUCUGUUCCCGGAAGGCACCGAUCUCACAGAGAACAGCAAGGCUCGAAGCAAUGAAUUCGCCGAGAAGAACGGACUUCAGAAGUAUGACUAUGUCUUACACCCGAAAACAACAGGCUUCACUUUUGUGGUUGACCGGCUCAGAGAAGGGAAGAACCUGAGUGCUGUGCAUCGACAUCACCGUGCUUACCCACACAACAUCCCGCAGACCGAGAAGCACCUGCUGGAGGGCGACUUCCCGCAGGAAAUCCACUUCCACGUGCACCGCUACCACCCAUCUCUGCGCUGCCCGGCACCAAGGAGGGAGGGCUGCAAGGUUUGGUGCCACCGGCGCUGGGAGGAGAAGGAGCAGCGCUCGUUCGGGACUACUACAGUGGCCAGAAGAGCUUCAGCCCCACCAGCCAUGACAGGGCCGGCCACGUCCCACCCCUGCAAGUCGGAGCUGCAGGUCAUGGUGGAGAAACUCCUGUCCAUCCUCUACUGGAACCUCUUCAGCCCGGCCAUGUGUCUGCUCAUCUAUGCCUACAGCCCUGUGCGCUGGUACUUCUUCGCUGCCAUCGUCAUCUUUGUGCUGCAGGAGAGACUCUUUGGCGGGCUGGAGGUCAUCGAGCUGGCCUCAUACCGCCUCCUGCACAAACAGUCGACUUUGAAUGCCAAGAAGGAAGAGUAGAGUAGAAGACGGAGCAUAGGGGGCAGCGGGAUGGUGGGUAUAGUGGUGUGUUGGGGAGGAGACGGGGUGAUCGGCAGCUCCAAACCUGGGGGGCUACUAGGGAACUAAUGCACAAGUGAACCUUGUGGAAGAGGAUGCAUUGGCUUGCCUGGCUGCCGUCCUUGGCUAAGAGUGACUUUGCCCUUCAUUGGGUGAGAGGGGAAAUCUCUGUCUUCUCCAAGUAUUGUUUUGUUUUCAUAGAUUUCUGAAUGUCAGCUCAGGCCCAGGUAGCCCAGAACCAUGGCUGGAAAAAUGAGUCUUUAGACAGGUUGUCAACAUUGAGUCCUUCGCAGACAAGGCAUGGCAUGGGAUUGGUGGAAAGCCCAGUGCUGAGUCUUCCCCGGGCCUGGCCGCCUGUCUAGGUUGCUCAACCCGUUGUCACCUCUUCCCUCGAGUCUAGAAGAUGGGCAGCCUGGAUAUCAACCAUCAGCUCUUCAAUAGGAACCCAAGUUUUGGGGGAAAUUGGUCCCGUGGCCCUUUGCUGAGCCCAUUAGCAGACCAUCUGUUCUCUUGUCUCCUCUGAGAGCCAGCGGGCUGUUCUCGGGGCCAUCUCCCAAGUGCCCUAUAUGGGAAUGUUGGCUUCAGCAUCCGACCACAGAGAACCCCCACCACU